AUGGCAGUGACAACUCAGUUAACAUGGAUGCAAGAAAAGAAUCCGCAGAACUGGGGAGGAAAGCAGUUCCGUCUUCUUUAUAAGGCUAGAGUCCAUGGAUUCGACACGUCCCUUCCUCAUCAGUGCUUGAAGCCGGGCUCUACACGAACGGUGCGUUAUAGUCAGGAUUAUGCUGCUGGGCCUUAUAUCCGGGAUGUGACCACAGGUCCUGUCAUCCUUUCUACAUUUCCAAGAACGGAGAUGUCAGGAUUUGAAAGAAGACAAUUCAGCAUGAGCAGCAAACCCAACAGUCAGCUGUUUAUCGAUCAAGAUGCAGUGUGCUGUGGCAACCAUCAUCUACAAAGGGACCUGGUUACGAGAACGUUCACCACCGACCCCACUGUGGCUGGAAUAACUGGACUACCUACAGGUCAGAUUUCUUUUCAAGAAUGUGAAGUUUUCCGAAGUGAAGACCUAUUGGACAAAAGAACAGUAGAGGGGCUCACUAUUUUAUGCUCAGGGAGAACUUACAACCCACUUCGAGGUGUGGUUCACCAAACUCGGAUUCUGCUCCUGGGUCUGACUGGAGCUGGACAAUCUAGUUUUACUGACUCCAUGAAGUCGAUUUUCUGAGGUCAUGUGAUUAGCUAGGCUCUGGUUGGCUUUGACACAAAGCAGUUCAAGACAUAUUCCCUUAAGGAUGGUAAGGACAGAGACCCUCUACAGUUUAUUCUUUGUGAUUCAAUGGGGGUUAAUGAGAAAGAUGAGGGGGAGGGGCUGUGUAUGGACGAUGUAUUUUACAUCUUAAAAGGCCAGAUUUCUGACAGAUUCCAGCUUAAGUGUGCAGUGCCAAUUACAGAACGCCGUUCUAAUUACAUUAAGUCCCCCUCGUUGAAGGACAGAAUGCAUUGUGUGGCCCUUGUGCUGGAUGCCAACUCUGUUGAAAAGCUCUCUCCUGAAGUAGUGGCAAAAAUCAAAAGAAUUAAAAGGAUAAUGAUAAAGUGUGGUGAGUCUCACUCCAUGUUGCUACUGAAGUCUGAUCAAUCUAUGAUGACAAGACAAAGACAUUAUUGUUCAUGGCUGAAUGGUUCCUGGACUUCAAUCUCUGUAUUGCUGCGAGAGGCAGUCCAUCGAAAAUUUGGAAUUCCUCUUCCUGACAUCUUUGUGGUCAGUAAUUAUAAUUCAGAGUGGGAGCUGGACCGUGUGAAGGAUCCUCUGAUCCUCUGGCUGAAGCAGAUUCUGCAAGCUGCCGAUGACUUCUUGGAGGAUUUGCCUCCUGAGGAAAGAGACCUGCAUCAUACAGGAUAG